CGGGGGGCUCGUGUAGUAGUUAAAGGGGAUUUUUUCCGUAUUAGCUUCGUGAUAGCCAAAGUGAUAAUCCCAGCGCGUAACAAGGCCUUGGCGAGAUACAUCGUCGGUCGCCAGAACGUUAGCGAAAUAGAAUGAACAGGCAGCGGGUGAAAACGCCAAACAGAUCGCCGUAUCACUUCUUUCCGGUGCUGUUGCUUCUGGUGCUAGGGCAAUGGAGUUUUCUCAGCUCGGUCGUUACGGCCGAAUCCACCGAUAUCGAGCUCGAUGCUAAAGCCAACAAAAUUCAUCAAAUCGAUUCACUCAAUCUGUUGCUCUACACCUUUCUGCUGACCCUGACUGUGCUCACUAUCUGGCUAUUCAAGCACAGGCGCGUUUCCUGGCUCCACGAAACAGGACUAGCGGUCAUCUACGGACUCAUCGUAGGGGCAAUCAUCCGAUAUGCGGGAACCACAACGCCGAUAAUUCACGUUGCCGUCGAUCCUCAACCGGACGUUAAGUUUAACCAAAGCCUACCACCAGACACAUUAUGGCUCAAGUUUCCGGGAAAUCUGCCGCACGGUUCGGAUCAACCUGUGAAGGCCAACAAAACCUACACCUACAGCUUCCGAGGAGAGAUUGCCAACGUCGAGGAGAACGAAAUCGACCUGAAGGCGACCUUUGAUCCCGAAAUCUUCUUCAACAUUAUCCUUCCACCGAUCAUUUUCCAUGCUGGAUAUAGCUUGAAAAGGAAAUACUUUUUCCGUAAUCUUGGAGCAAUUUUAAUGUUUGCCAUCAUUGGAACAACGCUCUCGGCCUUUUUAAUCGGAGCACUGAUGUAUGGUUUCGUACAGCUAAUGCCAAAGCUGAAAUCGAGCUUCACCUUCCUAGAUACACUUUACUUCGGAGCCCUCAUUUCUCCGACGGAUCCGCUUACUAUCUUAGCCAUUUUCAGCGAUAUGCACGUCGACGUUAAUCUGUACGCGCUCGUUUUUGGGGAAAGUGUGCUGAAUGAUGCGGUUGCCAUCGUACUCAGUGGGGCUAUUCAAAACUACGGGGAGCAUUACUCGAGUAAUGGAGAAUUCGAAGGACACGCUUUUCUCCGUUCGCUAGGCGAUUUCUUCAGCGUAUUUGCCUUUUCACUGCUGAUCGGCGCAUCGAUGGGCUGCGUUACGGCCAUGAUGACAAAGUUUACGCGUAUACGCGACUUUCCUUUGCUGGAAUCGGCCCUCUUUGUGCUUAUGUCCUACAGCACCUUUUUAAUAGCCGAAGCAGCCGAACUCACCGGUGUUGUUGCGGUGCUGUUUUGCGGGAUUUGUCAGGCGCAUUAUACGUACAACAAUCUUUCAGAUGAUUCUCGAAUACGAACGAAGCAAAUAUUCGAACUGUUAAACUUCUUGGCGGAGAACUUUAUCUUCUCGUACAUUGGGGUGUCGAUGUUCACGUUUCCAAAACACCACUUUGAUCCGUUAUUCAUUUUCACCGGUUUUAUGUGUGCCGCUAUAGGACGAGCUGUAAAUAUUUACCCCCUAUCAGCGCUGCUGAACAUUGCUAGAAAGCCAAAGAUUUCGUGGAACUUUCAACACAUGCUCUUCUUUGCUGGUUUGCGUGGUGCCAUGUCUUUUGCACUUGCAAUAAGGAACACAGUUUCGGACGCGCGGCAGGCAAUGUUAACGACUACGUCACUGAUUGUAAUUACGACCGUUAUCAUACAGGGCGGUGCGGCGAAUUUCUUGCUCAACUGGUUAAACAUCCCUGUCGGAGUUGACGAUGAAACAGAGGUGCUACCGUUCCAAGGAGUACGAAGCGUGUACAAUUCGAUGGAAAAUACGGCUGGGGACUUGGAGAAUCCCGACAGUGAAGGUGCCACCACACCCGGUGGAACUAGAAAAGGUCACGAGAAGGCUGUUUUGGCGCGUUUGUGGGGAAAUUUCGAUUCGAGGUACAUGAAACCCUUGCUAACGCAUUCUCGGCCAACAUUACUCGAGACGUUACCGGUUUGCCUGAGCCCGCUUGCACGAUUGUUAACAACGACAGAACAGUUAACCCAGGACGGUCCGACACGCCGAGCGGAUUCCGACUCGGAUUUGUGUAUCGACGAAGAUGAUCGUGCUUCGCGUGGCUGCCCAGCGGAUGGCAGUGGGCGUCGCAACUCGAUCAAUCGCCAGCGAUAUCGCCCCGAUGCGGCACGGGAUGCAAAUGAUGCCAUCAACGCACUAAGCAGUUUAGAUCCCAACUUUAUGUAGGGAAGCGACCGAUCAAACUAAUGUAAAUAAUUGGCAGCUCUUUAUGGUUUCUCCUCUUGCAUGUUGUAUUAGUUGACAAAUUUUUACUAUCCUUUUCUUUUAACAAAUCUAUUUUAGUUUUCUAUAUCCGAUGAAAAUGGUUUGUCUUUAUUUUUUUUUUUUCAUUUUCUAAAUCAUUCCACCUGAUAUCGACCAUUGAUUUCAGAUGAAACGAAGUGCUUAGAUAGCCUUCAGUACGAUCCGGUUCCUCAUUGUUGUCGUGGAUCAACACAUAGUGAAAAUUGUGCAAAAAUGUGCCUAAACUAAAUUGCAGCAUUACCACGUUGUUUGCCAUAUAAAUGGUUUUCUUUUUUUUGUAUAGUUUAUUCGUUUAAUUGGUAAGUUUUAGUUUCAUGUUCGUUAUUUAGUUUCUAUCGCCUUAUCUAUGGAGUGGUUGAAAGAAUAAAUCAUACUUCUAAGUUGUUCCCAAGAAAUACACGAGAAGGUAUGAUAAGAGAUAAAAAUGGAAAAUGGUAGGGGGCAGCAGUCAUUUUAAAGUCGUCUUUUAUCUCAUAAAGAAGAGCUCGUGUUUUUUCUGCUUAAUUUAAAAGAGGAUAACAACUAGUUACAAGUCAUUUCGCUGACAUUAUUUUAAAAAUAGUACGGCUGACAUAAACAGAUUCCAUUCUUCCAUUUGGCAUCUUCUUUGUUCCUUGUGUUACAAAGAAUGGUUUUGGAAAUAGAAGUGAUUAGUUUAGAACAUAUUUACCAAAUAUCAUUAUCCCCUUGGCAAAGUUCAGAAGAAAGUUCAGAAACAAUGAAUUCGGAAAAGUGAACUCUGUGAUUAUUGUCCAUUCAUAAGCGUAAAGCACGUUAGUAAUCGUAUUGCUGUUACUGAUUGUUUGCCUGUUUUAAAUAAUCGGUGUACUUAUGAAUACCACAAUGGUGAAUGUUAUAAAGCGUGCGUUAAACGGGCAUCUCAGCAAGUGCGGAAACAGCUAAUAAAUGACGACCAAUAUAGGAAGGGUCUUAGGAGGAUAGCGAACCGAAAGAAGAAUUAUUAUAUUGAAAUUGUAUUGAAUGUUUGGAAGUUUCUGUUUAAAAAGCAUACCACAUGAUACGGCUUUCGUGAACGCUGCUAAUCGAACACGGGUAGGUUAGACUGUUAAAUACGACGAUUGGAAGGUGUUCGGCUAAAGAAGAGCCAUUGGUGCUUGAAGCAGAAACGAGGGAUUUUAGUGUCACGCAGGAGCGCCGUACGCAUUAAGGGAAAGAGAAUAAAAACGAAAUACACUGAUAUUAUAUUAUCAAG